CCUACCUUCUUCUCUCAUAGUUGAAUUUUUAACUUGUCUGUUCUUAUCUUCAUCCUACGCCAAUAGCCCAAAACCUUGUUCUCUUUUUGUGGUUCAUUUCUCUCUUCCAGAUGCCACUUGCCGUUCUUCACCCUCACGAUUUUCUCAGGAAAAACCCAUCUAACCAGUACCAGACCAUAAUCCCUCACUCUCCCAACAUGAAUCCUAAUAAGUCUCAUCGGACUUCCCGAAACCGUAAGAAGCGGCCCGAUCCAAGCCCACAAGGCGUUGUCAGCCCAGCCCGGCUCACAUUAUCCCCGAAACCCCAAGUCAAAAACAAGCCGCAGCAGCAACUCGUCAUGGGUCAGGUCAAAAUACUCAAACGCGGCCAACUUUUGACCCAAACGACGCCGGAUCCACCGCCGCAGACGGAAAUCGUCGAUCAGAAGUUAACUCCGCAGACGGAAACCGUCGAAAAAAAGGACUUAACUUCAAUCGUAGAUGGUUUAUAUGCAGGCUAUUCGAUGUUGGUGAUGUCUCCACCUCCUAGCUCCGUUCCGUUACCGGCUUUCAUCACUAAGAAGAUUGCGGUUGUUAGUGACGCCACGAGCGACUUGCGGAAAAUGUUACGGCUUGAUUUUCCCUAAUCCUGUGGCGGUUUGUGAAUGAACGAGGAUUUGAACGGAGGUUGUUGGUGAUUAGGGCAUUGUAGUGCUCGAUCUUCUCUUAUUUUUUCAGCGGGAAGGUCGUGUCACGAAUGCAAGUCUCUUAUUGUUUAGAACUUUCUUCAGAUUGCCGUACAUACAUGUUACUACUGGGAUUAGUCUUCAUACUUUUUAGAUUAAUUACUUUGUGAUACUAAUUAUUAGUUUUAAGGAAUAGGCUUCUGUAUAUCUGUGUAAUGCUUUGUAAGUAUUUAGGAUAUAGAAGCAUUUUCUUCCUCUCUCAAUUAUGUGUCCUAGUCUUUUAAGUUUAAUGUUUCUAUCUCUUUUGUUAGCAUUUAUAUUUACGAAUUCGUCAUUUAAUUAGGGAAUUCCUGUAAUUGUUGAUUUAUGGAAUACAAGGAAGAAAAUAGUUUGUUGGAUC